CCCUAAGCCGGACCACGCCGCGUACAGCGAGAGUGAACCGGCUCCGAACCGGAAAACCAGCGGCAAACUGCGAACAGCCUGUCUCUCAUAACGACACGCUGAAAGAUGGCGGACGACCCGAGCGCGGCGGACAGGAACGUGGAAAUCUGGAAGAUCAAGAAGCUGAUCAAAAGCCUUGAAGCAGCCAGAGGGAAUGGCACCAGUAUGAUAUCCCUCAUCAUCCCUCCUAAGGACCAGAUAUCUCGUGUGGCUAAGAUGCUGGCUGAUGAAUUCGGGACGGCCUCGAAUAUCAAGAGCAGAGUGAACAGACUCUCAGUGUUGGGUGCCAUCACCUCAGUACAGCAGAGACUCAAACUCUACAACAAGGUGCCUCCCAAUGGUCUGGUGGUGUACUGUGGGACCAUAGUGACGGAGGAGGGCAAAGAGAAGAAAGUUAACAUUGACUUCGAACCAUUCAAGCCAAUCAACACGUCCCUGUAUUUAUGUGACAACAAAUUCCACACAGAGGCUCUCACUGCGUUGCUCUCAGAUGACAGCAAGUUUGGGUUCAUUGUGAUUGAUGGCAGCGGUGCUCUGUUCGGAACUCUACAAGGCAACACAAGGGAGGUGCUGCACAAGUUCACAGUGGACCUGCCCAAAAAGCACGGCCGAGGAGGUCAGUCCGCUCUGCGUUUUGCCCGUUUGAGAAUGGAGAAGAGACACAACUACGUGAGGAAGGUGGCAGAGACGGCCGUGCAGCUGUUUGUGUCCAAUGACAAGGUCAACGUGGCUGGGAUGGUUCUUGCUGGAUCAGCUGACUUCAAGACUGAGCUUAGCCAAUCAGACAUGUUUGACCCGAGGUUACAAGCAAAGGUGUUGAAACUGGUCGACAUUUCUUAUGGAGGAGAGAAUGGAUUCAAUCAGGCCAUCGAACUCUCUGCUGAGGUGCUGUCCAACGUCAAAUUCAUCCAAGAGAAGAAACUAAUAGGGCGCUACUUUGACGAGAUCAGUCAGGACACGGGGAAGUACUGUUUUGGAGUGGAGGACACGCUCAAAGCGCUGGAGAUGGGAGCUGUGGAGAUCCUCAUUGUUUAUGAGAACCUGGACACUAUGCGCUACGUCCUACGCUGCCACGGAGCCGAGGGCAGCGCGCCGGAAAAUGAUGAGAAGACACUAUAUCUGACACCAGAGCAGGAGAAGGAUAAGUCUCACUUCACAGACAAAGAGACGGGGCAGGAGCAUGAACUCAUAGAGAGCAUGCCGCUGCUCGAGUGGUUUGCCAACAACUACAAGAAAUUCGGGGCCACACUGGAGAUCGUGACUGAUAAGAGCCAGGAAGGAUCGCAGUUUGUGAAAGGCUUUGGCGGCAUUGGUGGAAUUUUGCGGUACCGAGUGGAUUUCCAAGGCAUGGAGUACCAGGGCGAGGAUGACGAGUUCUUUGAUUUAGAUGACUACUAGGUAGUCGAGACUGACAAUUGGAGAAUUUUUCAAAAGUAAAGGAUUUCCCCUCUGCUGCUCAGCGGACGACUUGGGGGGGGCGGCGAAGACAGUGAAUCGGCGACGAGGAGAUUACGAUGUGAGGGGGAAGAGAAAUGGUAUCUACAUGUAUGUAUCCCUGACCUUAGAACACAGUGACUCCAUCUCCUGACUGGAUGAAGCUGACUGGGUUUUGCUCCUCUCUUUACAUCGCUAACACAUCACAGCAACAGUACGGACAUGGACAUCCCACCCCGCACCCCCCACCCCCUGCCGCCCCUUCUCGGCUCUCCAGAAUACAUGCUGAUAGGCUGUGAGGUUUAUUUUGUUUUGUUUUUUUAAACCCAUCCCUGUUUCUUGACUAGGGCUGCACGAUAUGGACAAGCAUAACAGGUAUAUUACUUCUGUAUAUCGCGACUGGGAUUCCUUGCAAUAUAUGAAAAUGCACUGGCGACUCUGUAAUGUGAGCGUUAAAGAUUAACAAUAUUUUGACCAAAAUAAUCUUCUUUUGUUGGAUUACACAAAUACCUGAAUUCAUCAAAACACCCGUAGAAGCCAAUCCGCCUUGGCUGUGACUGAAAUGGAUCCCUGGCUGCAUUUUAGGUACCUGUUACGAACGUUUGCUAGUUUCCUUUUAGGGUCUGAAUCGUAAAGUGAAUUUGCAGUGUAAUUUUGAGGGCACUGCACUCGUCAUUUCUAGCGAGCACCGUAGAUCACCAAAGCUGCGAUCCGUAAUCUGGCAGCUAAGACGGUUGGGUCCUCGGUAGUGCUGUUCUUAGAAGGCUCCUAAAUUACAUUAUGCAAAACAGAACCGUCUACAAAACACUGUCAGUCAGCUGGCAGGCAUUUAUAUGAAUGAUGUAACGUGGCAAGCAAAACAUUUUGUUUGUGAUUAGAUUCUAUCCUGCAGCUAAAAACUGUUCACCUCACUGAAAGCUGGUGCAUUUCAUAGCCUGCGUUCAGUUUAGACCCUCUUUAAUACGAAACAGCCCAGUGAAUAUUUUACCGUAUAUUUUAAUGGCCGCUUUAAAUGGCGUGUAGUAGUUGGUUUCGUCUGUCGGUGUUUCUCUUAAAAUUUCUUUUGGUCAGAUGCGUGCAUGAAGAAUAGUCUGCUCCUUGAAAACUGUCAGAAUGUAGGCUUACAUCAGCUGAAUAUGUACCAAAGUGCAUCGCGAGUCCCGGUACUAAGCAGCACAUUAGUUAACGUUAACGGUGGCUGCUGAGCCGUUGAGCCGAAACUUUGGGGGGAUAAAAACAGCAGCUCUGUAGAGUUAAAAAGAGAGAUUUACUGCUAAUCAUACAGAACAAACACUUGGCUGGUUAUGGACUAAGAAUUAAACGUGUAGCCAAAAAAAGUGUACACUUUCCCCCCUACCUGCACGACCAUGUCUACAGCUGCGAAUAAGAAGCCACCUUAAACUAGUGCUGUAUUAUUUAUACAACUAGUGAACACUAUGGCACUGUUGCAGAAUGAUGAGUGUCCUAAUUAAUUUGAUUCAUGCUGCGGUAUUUGGUAGGUAGUUCUCCUCUGUAUAGCAUAGUACUAAAGAGGGAUCCCUUUCAAUCACAGCCAUGGUGAUUGGUUAGAGGCCUCAUAUGCAAACUGCAGCCUUCUGCGAUAUGAGUAUUGAUCCUUGUCGCAUGUCCGUAUUAGACUCGGAAGCAGUCAUAGUAGAGACAACAUUUAGUGCUUCAGUUAAUAAAUGAGAAUGUAGAUGAGUUGCACAUUUUUUAUAACCUCAUUAAUAUGUUGUUUUCCCUAGAAGAUGUUUGUUUAGCAAAUCAGUCAUUUCGGAAAGGAGCAAGAUGGAAAAAAGGCUACAAACUCUUCAGGAAUUACCUGCAUGACUUUAGAGCGCAAAGAUCCGCAUAAGAUGAAAUGAAAAUGUUUUUAAAGUGUCGGUUUAGCUCUCCAGGACCUUGUUUCCAUCAAAGUGGCUUUAAAAUGCUGUACCAAACCACGUCAUUUCCUGCAAAAAGCUCUUGUUGCAGUUUUGGUUUAUGAAAAAUAUUUUAGAAAUAGCUGCGCGACAUGCUUUCAUCUCUAAUUCCAUGUAUUUUGCAUUUUGUGUACGUUCGGGUUCCCUGACUUCCCAAACAAAAACGACCAAAUGGAGAAUUUUGAUUAUUUUAUUUUUAUUCUGUUAUCAUUUAAAGCUAAAUUUAUGCAUAAAUGUGUUCUAUUCCACACUUCUCGUCCCAAAAGACACGUUUCUAGUGUAGGUUUCCGUAACAUUUCAGGUUAUCAGCAAACAAUACAUCCACUAAAGUUGAAUGAAAACAUUUUUGCCAGUGUUUAUAAAACAUUUCCGUUUCCACAGCCUACAUCAGCAAACUGUUUUGCGGACAAAAAUAAAAUAAAUUGAACGCCUCUGACCACUUCCGCUGCGUCAAAUACGCAAUUAGAAAAAGGGUCCAUUGCAAGGGUGACCACUGCAGUAACGUUUUACAUGCGAUAUAUUGUGCAGCCCUAUUCUUAACUCUCCUUUUUUGGACUCUCUUCCCGCUGCUGUGCUAUUUUAUGAGAGUUUAUGGCAUUUGCUGUUUUAUUUUGAAGUAAUCUCAGUGUGUGAGGCAAGCAGGACAGAUUAAAUCGGUGCCGUUUCCUCAGCUGCCUCAAGCCCCUUUUGUUCUUCUCUUUAGUUUACUUCUGCCUCGUUUCUGCUGUAAAUCAGUAGGAUUAUGCAUUCUGAGCCAGCUAGAUCUCCUGCUCCUCCUGUCUCGGUGGACCUGACGGCGCACCGAGACGUCUCCUGCACAGAAGGACCAUCGCGUAGCUGGAUCGCCUCUCCGUUCUGCUGCAUCUGUAUAAGGACAGAUGUUUGUUUCUCGGCCUCGUCAGCCUCGCCCUCGAUAAUGUACACCACUUUACAUGCUUUACCACCACCUGGACAACUCCCCCCCACCACCUGGACAGCUCCCCCCCACCCUCAUAUGAACUGUACUUGCGUGCCUGAAUCGUGUGAUGUGUGAAGUAAUGAUGGCACAGUUCUUUUGCCUUGCGGUAUUUUUAUGAUUUGGAUAUAAAUAUGAGCUUACAGCUCUUGCUGACUGAACUCGCCCAUAGACUUCUGAAGUGGCGCGUCAUUCUGUAGCCCACCUUAGGAACUCCAUGUCUGGUUUUCUCUGACAUGAAUGGGAUUUUUUAAAAAUGUCCUGCCGCAAACAAAAAACCUGAUGCAUUUUGGCCUACGUACAUUUUUCUACCAUCACUGGAUCCUCUGUAUUAUGUCAGUAAAGAGCUGAAAUAUGGAGGUGCAUGUUAAUAACAAGCUGCCCUUCCUGCGCAUUGAAAUUAAGAAUGUAUGCUAUUAAACUUCAACACCAUCAUAUAUCAGUGGUGAAUCAUGAGAAAGGCCUAGAGUGACGUUUGUUUCCUCAUCAAACUGGUCCCACCCAUUGGAAUUCAGAGCAUGUCAGUCAGUCUGCUGUGUAAGGACGACUCUGCUUCUGAAGUUCUAACCGAUUGGAAAGAUGGCUUAUAUCUACCUACAUUCCAUGGAGAACAAUUCCUGAUUGGCCUGUUCUCAGCUUGGCAUUUCAAGAAUUUAGUCCUCUUGUUUCUGUCCAGAACUUGACAACGAAGUGAGAGUAGUGCUGUAAAACAUGCAGAGUUCGAAUACAAGCAUGAAUCUCUUGAAUAAAACUGCUAAAAAUUAUUUUAUUCCCAGAAAUCAAUGUGCAUUCUUUAGGGGUUUAAAAGGCCCUGUGGCUUUCCCUGUGUUAUACACUCUUUUUAAAAAAAAUGGUUCAAGGGUUCUUUAGUAAAGAAAAUGGUUCUGUAUAGAACCAUGAACACUCAGAGAACUCUUUAAAUAAUUAAAGGGUUCACUGCAUUGUGAAAGGGUUCUUCAGAUGGAUGGAGAAUGCGUUAAAGAUGGUUAUAUGUGGAAGCAAGCUUGUAUCGAAACAAUAGCAGAACCCUUUUCAGAAAGGUUCUAUAUAGAACCACCUAUAGCACAUUCUCCACCAAUCUGAAGAACCCUUUCAUAAUGCAAUGAACCGUUUAAUCAUGCAAAGAGUUCUUUGAUUGUUUAUGGUUCUAUAUAGAGCCAUUUUCUUCACUAAAGAACCCUUAAAGGACCAUCUUUUUGAAGUGUGUAAACAAACAGCAGCUACACCAAAUGAACUCUACGGCUGCCAAAGCACACUUUGUAAAGCUUGCUGGGUUGUUUGUGGUAGUUUGGUGAGGUUGCCAGUCUGAUGACCCUUCAGUGCGCAGUGUUGGCUCACAUGUAGCAAAAUUCAUAUUUUGGCUACUCAACGACCUUGUAAUUCUGCCCACGUUCAGAGGAAAAUGUACCUAGAACAAAAUGUAUCAUGUUCUGAACCUUUUUGUUUGCCACUUAGAAAUGAUUUUCAAAAAUCCCAUUCGCUUCUGUCACAGACAAAAGCAGGAGUUUCUAACGCUACAGAAUGACGAGACAACUUCAGAAACCUAUAGGGAAGUUUAUGGACACUGACUGUGAUGAAGGGGUGCUGAGCUUGACUGGACUGUGACAGUAUGGAUUUGUAAAUCCUCAUUAGGGUUCAUAUCCCUAUGCCUCCAUGUUAGUUCACCUGAACCUAAGCCCUCCACUAUGCCCAGUCGUUUAGUGACCGAUUUGGUUUUGGAUAAAUGGGAGAUGAGCACCUAUUGGACCUUUUAUUAGUAACUGCGGCACGGUCUCAUUUGAUCUUGUAUCAGAUCGGCGGACUCGGUAAUGUAGUCUAACAGGAGAAAGUAAUCGCAAUGAAGAUGCUCCCUAUUUUAACAGAUAUUUUCUGUAUUUUCUCAUCUCCUUGCUCAAUCCAUCAAUAUUUUGUAUAAAUCAUUUGUUACAUAAGGUCACAGAUAUAUUAAACGUUCUCAUUGUUUGCAAAUUU